UUGAAAUUUCCGUAAAAAUGUAAAUGUUACAACCAAAGAGACCCAAGGAAAUUGUUUGUAAAAAUAACAAAUAAACGGAGUUUAUAUAAAUUUAUGCACAUGUAAAAAGAAAGAGUGAAAACUUCAUUAACUAAAAAAUCAACAAAAAAAUAAACAUUUAAAUUGAAACAGAAAACUUAAAGAAAAGAAAUUAGUCUAGUUAUCAUGUUGAAUAAAAUUGAUGAAAAUGUCGCGCCAAAUGCAACAUUAACAUCAACGCCAACAACAGCUACAGAAACAAUAACAACAACAGCAAUGGCCCCGACAGAAACAACUGGCAAUGGAACGGAGCCAACAAUUUCAACGCACCUUGCAAACGCGACGGCAACAAUAGAACCAACAACAGGAGCAGCAUCAGCAUCAGCUGCGGCAGCAUCAGCAUCGACAAGUGCAACGGAACAAGAAACAGUCGAUGUUGUUGUUGAUACCGCUGCUGCCGACGCCGWUGCCGUUGCCGUUGCAGCUGUUGAGGGUCAAGCAACAGCAACAGCAAUAGCAACAAUGACAGUGACAGCCAACAAUACAUCGACGCCAUUGCCGCUGUCAGCUGCGACAGCGCACACCGAAUUAGCAACAACAGCUGAUGCCUCAGUCGCUGCCUCUGCCUCUGCCCCAAGCACUGCCAGCGCAGUUGGCGUUGCGAACGAAUCGCAAACAGUGACAGAACCAGCAUUCGAUGUUCAGAUGCGUACGCAGCAACAACAGAAAAUAAGAAUUUAUCACGGCGCCAAACAGAGCGCCGUGUGGCGAACCGAUUCGCUUGCAUCCAAUUCCAGCUCGAACAGAAGCGAUGCCGGAUCGAUCGAGGCUAUUGGCAUAGGCGUGGCCAUGGGCAGAAGCAGUUACAGCGGCACCGGCAGCGGCGGCUAUGCCACAGCGCCCAGUCUGCUGCAGCGAAAAUUUUCGGAUAGCUCAUUUAGUGCAACAGCGAUGCCGCGUCGCGUUUCAUUCCCGGAAAGCGAUAAGGAGCUUGUUACUGGAUAUCUCGAGCCGGCCAAUCCGUGGGAAAAAGUAUGCCAGGUGUCGAGCAUAGCCGAGAUCACCGAUCUGUACGUGAAAUCCUGCCGUAAGCAUAACACAAUACCGCUGAAAAGCAUUAUGGAGCACCUGAAAUCGCUGGAUUUACACCUGCCGCGGCAGCCGCUGCUAUCGCUCAAAGGCAUUCAGCUGACGCCCAACGAUUGCGAACCACUGGAGGAGAUAUUCAUGCGGAUACAGUACAAGGUCAUCGAUUUGUCGGAGUGCCCGCUGAACGAGAGCUGCCUGAGUGCACUCUGCCAGAUGAUUGAGUACUAUGAGGCUGCCCAUGAGUUGGAUAUUUCGUACAACAAGGAACAGAUGACGGUUCGUGGCUGGGGCCUCUGCACGCACAUGGUUGGCCGCAGCCAGGAGCUGCAGCUGCUGAAUGCCGAGGGCAACCAGAUAUCUAAGGUGGGCGCCGAGAAUUUGGGUAGCGCGCUGAGCACCUCCAAUCUGCAUACGCUCAAGCUGGAGCAUUGCGGCCUCAAGGGACCGCCACUCACCAAUUUCUGCUGCAAGCUGUACCACAACAAGAUACUGAAGGAGCUGUGGCUGGGCUACAACGAUUUGGAUUGCACCGAUGCGCAGCACAUUGCGGAUAUGUUGCGGUUCAACCACAGCAUUGAGCUAAUCGACAUUAGCAACAACAACAUACGAGACGAGGGAGCCAAGUACCUGGUGCAGGCACUGAUACUCCAGGCCAUCGAACUGGAGCGUCGCAGUGGCUUGCCGCUGCAGCGUGCGCGCGCCAUUGAGGAUGAUGACCUUGUGUCGCCCAUGGAGACAACAGCGCCGGUGCAGUUGGAUAGCCAUAUUGAGCACUCAGAGGCAAAGGCUGCGAUAGCCAGCACAGCGUCGCACGUCGUUGAAAUUAUGGAGACCGUAGUGGAGCAGCAGCCACCAACACCGGCGACUUCAGCGGCAUCAUCGUCGGUGCCCACGGAAGAACUCGGCAGCUGCGAGCCAGCAGUUGCUGUGUUAGUGGACGUGGAGAAUGAUGCGGACGAUGACAAUACAGAGGACACGGUGCGCACUCUGAGGGGCGGCGGCGGCAAUCAGAGUGCAACUGGCCAAUCGAUGCUGGACAAACUGCUUUCGAUGAACAGCGAUAGCAGCAGCGAGGAGGCGCCAUCCAACAUAUCCACCGACACUCUAGCCGCCUGCUGCUCCGAGGACAUCAGUGAGAUAAGCAAUGAUAUCUACGAUGUGGCUGGCAAAUUGAUAUCGACAGCAACAUUGACAGCAUCCAUGGAUGAGUCGACAACAACAACAGCUGUGCCGGUGAUCAGUCCAAGUCUGGAGCAAGUGACUCCAGCCAUCCAACAGCAUCAGCAUCAGCAGCAGCAACAACAACAACAGCAACAGCAAAGUUCCCAAAACGAACGCAACUUAUGUGAUAUUACUCCCUCAACAGAGGCUAAAACCGUUGAACCCAAUGCAACCUGUGUACAGAAUAACAACAAUGCWAAUUCCCACAAUAAUAUUAACAACAACAACAACAAUCAUAAUAAUAAUAAUCAAGUUAUAAACCAAAUACCAGCGGCUGAGGCCGACGGCGCCUCCGGCGAGGCAGCAGCGAUAUACGAAGUAACUGCCGAAGAGAGCGACUGCAUCAAUGGCAUUGAGGAGCCGAGUGGCUCACGACCGCUGGACAUGAAUAAGAAUGCGAAGGCUGGAGACGACUUUGAGGAUACGCACAGCAUGGAUUCGGCAUUUGAGAGCGCAUCGGAGGGCGACAUAAGUCGCCAUUUGCCAGACGAGUUUAGUCGGCUGUCGGUGUCGCUGGAGAGCACGCGACUGGAUGAUAUGGCCAAGGAGAUGGCUAUUGAGACGGCGACUAUAGCCAGUGAGUCGACUGAGUGCCUGCUGGUGGCUGAGGAGGCGGCCACGCCUGCGUCCACGACGGCCCCAGCUGUGCACCUCGCCCCGCCGUCCGAGCCGGUGAUACCCGAGGUGAUUGUGGCGCCGGCGGGGCCCAAGGUGACGAUUGCUGCUGUUGAUAAGGAGCUCGCUGCUAGCCCUUGUCCCAGUCCGACGCCUACGCCGCCGCCGCCAUCAACAUCGCCGGGCGGGGUCAGCAGCGGGUUGCGUCGCGUGGAAACCAGCUGCACCUACCUCAACCAGUCGACCCGAAAUCGUUCCCAGAGCUCGGACAGUCUGUGCAGCGAGAAUUCGCUGGACGGCAGCACAAGUAGUGUGGCCGAUCCGCAUCUUGCCGAGAAGCUGACCAAGAACGAUACACUGUCGCGUCGCCAUCUGGUCGAUCCCACGCUGGAAGCGGCUAAUCGUGCGCCCAGCGGCCUUAAGGCACUCGCUCUCUGGAGCAAUAAUUUGACCAAGGACUGCGGUCCGUGCAUAGCCGAGCUGCUCUCGCGCAGCUCCUCGCUGGAGCUGCUCAACAUUGGCAAGAACUGUCUGUCCAAUGACUUCGUGGCCACCAUCAAGGAUAGCCUGAUCAAGAACACCACGCUCACCACUCUCGGCCUGCAGAGCGCCCAUCUCAGUGCCAAGGGCAUCGAGACGCUCGCCUCCAUCCUGACCUUUGGCGGCAACAGCAAGCUGCAGCGCAUCGACAUUCGUGACAAUAAACUAGAGGUGGAAAGUCUGAAUAUUAUUGCCGAGGUGCUCAAGUCCAACAAGACGAUCACCCAAAUCGAUAUCAAUGAUGAGCCCAAGCGUCUAACGUUGCCAAUAGUGCCGAUAGUAAAAGUUAUACCGCCAACAUCAAUGCCGCAGGAUAGCAUUGGCAGCGAUGCGCAUUUGGAUUAUACGCGAGUACUGGGCACAGUGCGCUCCAUGUGCUCGCGCAAUGAGAAGAUGCAGGCGGAGGAGCUGGAGCUGGCGGAGAAGGCGGCGAACGUGGGCGGCAGCAGCAGCAGCAGCAAUGGCAACAGCAGCAACAGCAACGGUGCCGUCGGCGGCAGCAACAGCUAUAUAAAUCGGUGUCGCGGCGGUUACUACUUGGGCUCGCGGAAAAUAUCGCUAACGUGCCACAGUCGGCCGCUGGUGGACGCAGCGACUGGCACUGUGACCGCUGCGCUAGCAGUAACCGCAAUGCCCACGCCGGCUGCCAAACUGGAGGUGAAGCGCAAGACGAAUGCGCGUCUGCGCUCGCCGGGUCCCAGUCCGCCCACGGUAUCGCCGUCCUCCUCGCCGAAUCGCAGCCGCUUUCAUGUGUCGCGCGUCAACGAGAUCAGCAGCCCGUUGACCUCGCCGCUGGCCCAAAUGCCACCGCAGCAUCCGCCGAAUCCGCGCUCGGCCAUUAGCUGCAUGUCCAUACCGGCGGCCACCGUCGGCAUUGCUUGCAGCGGCAGCGACGACAACAUUGGCAGCGGCAGCGGCAGCAGCAGCGGAAGCGGCCUGUUGCUGAGCCAGAGCACUCCGAAUGUGAUGGCCGCGUCGCAGUUGCCCACGUCCAGUUCGCUGCCAUCGAUGGCAUCGGUGACCUCAUCCACACAGACCAUCAAGCGGCUGUCCGUGUCGCCGCGUUCGCGUUUUCACGUCUCGCGCAUCUACGAGGAUCCGCAGACGCCACCGAUUCACCUGCCCCCCACGCCGAUGCUGAAGUCGGCGCGCAAGGCAGCCGCCCAGCUGGCUGAGGCAACCAGCAGCGUAGCAGCGACCACAUUGACAGCCGCCGUCACGGGCACCGCAACAACAACAACAACCACAGCGAUGCCCAUCAGCAGCGUGAUCAUUGUGGAGCCAUUGCCACCACCCACCGCCGCGGCCGCCGCUGACAAUGGCAGCGCACACCAACAAAGUACAAAUGGGGAGUCGGCGGCGACACAGAAGCUGUCGCCCAACUCACCCAGCACAUCAUCUAGUUCAUGCAGCACCUCGCCCAUAUCCAGUGCAACGAGCAGCAGCAGCAGCAGCAGCAGCGGGGCCUCCACCGAUCUAACAGACAGCUCUGGCAGUGCGGAGCCAGCGGCAAUAGUUGCUGCCAAGAGCUGCCCCAUUGCUGUGUUUGGCGACAAUGAUAUCACACUGACCAAAGACUCGGCAGCCGGUGCAGCACUCUCGGCAGCAGCAUCAGUUGGCAGUGAGCUGGACUCCACAGGGACAGCAACAGCAAGGGGUCAACAGCAACAGCAGCAACAACAGCAGCCACAACAACAGCAACCGGCGACACGUGCACGCAAAUCAUCUUGGAUUGCCAAUCCAACCACUGUGGACAAGCUGCUCACCCUGUUCAAUCCGAGCACCAUGUUCCAGCGCAGCUCAUCACCGGAAUCAAAGCCAGCGGCUGCUCCGGCCUCAGCCAUGGCUCCACUCACAAACAACGCACAGAAUACAACAACAAACACAACAAUGGGUAACAGUGGCGACGUAAAUGUAACGUUUAUGGCCACACGGAAGACAACGCCGCCAGCGAGAAGCAAUAGCUGCAGCAGCAGCAAUACGGCAGCGGCAGGAGGAGCAGCGGGGCAGGGUGCCGGGUCGGGCGUGGUGGGAGCAUUUGGCUUGGAGACGAGCGGUGGCGGUAGCUCGUUCCUGGACACGGCGUCGCGUCAGCUGCGCGACUUGAGGAAGCAAGUGUUCCGGCCGAACCUCUCGUUCAAUAUUGGCAACGAUGGCGCAAGCAGUGCAGGGCAACUGGAUGUCAAUCCCAGUGCGGCUGCCACGACGAUAUCGCCGAUAUUGAGUAAUGUUGCCGAGUCGCCGUCGCCACCUGAACGCAAUGCAGUGCACAUGCCGUUGAGCUUGAAGCGUGAGCUCAAGGAGAACAUCUCGCCGGAGCAUACCAUCAACGAGGAGACGCUGCACUCGCUGCAGAAGCUGUCGCGUGUCGAGGAUAUGACUCUGAAGGCGGAGGCUGCCGCGGAGCUGGGCGACAUUGAGAUUGUGAUGCACAGCGAGCUGGCGGACAUGCCAGAGGCGGAGCAACAGCCCCAGCAGCAGCAGCAACAGCAGCAGCCACAACAACAACAGCAGCAGCAGGAGGAUCUGGGGGCAGGGCUGGGUCAUUAAAUACUGAGCCCAAAUGGAAGCAACAAAAAUGACGUGGGCAAUUUGACAAUGUUGAGCAGGAAAAGCAGCGGAUCAGCAAACACCCACCUCAGCAUUCCCCCUGUCUCUCUGUCUCUAUGUCCCUAUGUCCCUCUGUCCCUCUGUCCCUUUGUCCCUCUCUCUAAGAAAAUAACUUUAUCUCUCUAAAUCUGUUUGUCUCUGUAGCCCACCCUAUGUCAAGACACUGAACAGCAGAGGGCAUAUUUCUAUGUCCUUUUGCCUCUCCUCAGCCCAACUACACAUACACACACACACAUACACACACAAAACUGUUAACAAUAAGAAUCAACAAAAAGUACACAAGUUUUAAACAUUACUUUGUUUUAUUUUACUAUUUUACUAUACAAAUACACAUACACACACAUACA